AAUAUACACUACCGACGACUGGCCUAAGACCUUAACCGACACGCUAUCAUCCGAGUAUCUCCCGCGCUUUACCAGUGAGGAAAAGAAAGACAUUUUAGACUUUGCCAUCGAUUGUUACCGUUCACAAUUCACACGAGCCCCGGCAGAAGGUAUUGAUGCUUGCGUUGCCAAUACCUCCCACCCACUAUGUAUGGCUUGUCUGCAAUGAUCCGGUGUCUUAUGACUCAAGCUAUGGCUGGGCCGAGGGUCCCUCGGCCGAUACGUUAUCGUCCUGGCUCCAGGCAACACCAGUAAAUGUCCGCGCUUUGUUGAAGGAACUUCACACGUGGUGGCCGACGAAUAAACUCUAUGUCUCUGAGAUUGGUUUUGCGGAGCCUUUCGAAAACGAGUGGACUGAUAUGUAUCGUAUGAAGCGGGGGGCCAACGGGAGCGUGGCAAGUCCGGGUCCUCAACUGGUUUUGGUAAUUGAAGUAAAGCAGUGAAUCGGGAAUAUUGAUUCGGGUCGACAGUCUCUCAGAAUAAUGACAUAGGUCAUCGGAUGAUUUUUGACACAUGUUACAACGUUAGAGACAGUAAGAAAGGCCCGAUAGGUCAGGCCGACUUCGUCUA